AUAUUGCUAAAAAAUCACCGGCAGCUAUGCCUUCGUUGCUCUCUCUUACUCAUUUGUUAGGUAUAAAGCACGACUCAGCGCUUAUCGCAAGCGGCAGUUGUAAGACAACCACCGCUGAGGUAGCUUCUUCAACGCGUAGUGUAACCAAAUAAGUAACAGCAAUGCAAACACACCUUCGGUGCAUACGUCAUAAUAGCGGAGCUUUCUUAUCAGCGUUGCUGCUUUUCACCUUCGGCAUAGCGAGGUCGUCACCGUCGCCCGGCGGAUAUACAACCAGUUUUGAGCAGCUGUUCUCAACUGAUCCGAACAAUGCGACCUUCACUCCACUCUGCGAUGAUGCGCCAUUAAAAAAUGUGGCACAACAGGUUGGACACCUCAAGAUUUCUAGUGAGAAUAUUUUUCUCCUACUGGAAUCAUACAAUUUGAGAUUGGAUCACAUUAAAGUGUUGUUGGAUGAACGUUUACCGGAGGUAAGAACUAAACCGCAUUGGAUUGAUGUACGCGGUGGUGCAGGCGGAAGUGGGGAAUCAAUUUCUUCAACACAUGCAACCACUGGUGGUGUACUUUUCCCAGGCUUAAAUACACAGUCUUCUGCCAGUGGCGCAAAUAUCCCGGCUGCCAGCUCACAAUCUUCAGCAGGCGGCGUUGACUUACCUGUUAUCAGUACACAAUCCUCUGCCGGUGGCAAUAAUAUACCGGCUACCGAUUCACAAUCAUCAGCAGCGGGCGCUAAUAUACCGGCCACUGACUCACAAUCUGCCACAGGUGGUUCAACCGUUUCCCCAACCGAUUCAUCGUCAUCUUGUGGUUGCAAUCCACAAACUUCAUACAAGUCGGGUUUAUAUGGCGCUCUUUGCCCUUAUAGUAAUCCAGUGCUGCCGCCCACCUGCGCAGAGGCCGUGAAGCUAGCUGGUGCUAAUGCUAAGAGCGGUAUCUAUCAUCUCUAUUUGCCUGAUUCGGGUUUAAAACCUUUCUAUGCCUACUGUCUGCUCGAUACAAAUGGCGGACCAGCUUGGACGGUUGUGCAGCGUCGACAAGAUGGCUCGAUUUCUUUCCAUCGCAAUUGGGAGGAAUAUCAAACGGGUUUCGGUAAUUGGAAUAGUGAAUACUUCAUCGGCUUGGAACGUUUGCAUGGCAUAACACAUGCACAUCUUAACGAAUUGUGGGUACAAAUGGAGGAUUUUGAAAAUGUAACGCGUUAUGCUCGUUAUGAGAAUUUCGCCAUUGGCGAUGAGCAUGAAGCGUAUGCUUUGAAUAUGCUUGGUAAAUUUGAAGGCAAUGCGGGUGAUUCUUUGCGCACAAGUCAAGGUCAGAAGUUUAGCACAAAGGAUGCCGAUCAUGAUAUGUGGGAUCGUAAUUGUGCUGCGGAGUAUACGGGUGCAUGGUGGUAUAAGGCUUGUCAUGAUAGCAAUUUGAAUGGUCAGUACUUACGUGGCAAAUACAGUAAGGAUAAGUAUGGCAAAGGUAUCGAUUGGAAGCACUGGCAUGGUCAUGAAUACUCUCUAAAAUUUGUGCAUAUGGCUGUUAGACCUGUGCAAUAAAAUUUUUAAGUCUGAAAAUUGAUCGAAUUUAGCAUUAUAACACUCGAUAUGAAUUUAUAUAUUAACAUAUAUUUCUAAUCGUACUAAGGAAAUAAAGCGAAAUACUCAAGUUUGAA